UCAAACCCCGUUACUUUAUCAAAACCAUCCUUCUUAUCUUCAACAAAAAUCAACACCUUCACCAACCACCACAGAUUAUUCUAAACGCUUCAAACAAACCCAAAUUUCUUUAGACACCAAAUUUAUCUCUAACCUUUUCCCUUUCUGAUCCUCUCAUCUGAGUAAAUGAGUCGUUCACAGGAUCCACACCCAAACCGUUCUUUCUUCCCUUUCGGAAAUCCUUUUCGGACAAAGUCACAUAAAGGCGGCUCUCACAUGUCCCCACAGUUACUUGCAGUACUACAUGGUUUCGAGGCAACAUUAGCAGAGAGGCUAAGGAAGCUUAUGCCCAAGAGCAAGGAUGAAAUCCUUAGCUUGGCUUGGAUGACUUUGGCUAUGAAGUCACUUUGUGAAACUCAUAAUGACAUACGUACCCUUAUAACUGAUCUUGAGCUACCAGUGAGUGUUUGGGAUGACAAAUGGGUUGAUGUCUACUUUGACAUAAGUACAAAGUUGCUAGACAUUUGCAACAUAUUUAGUUCUGAGCUUUCACGUUUGAAUCAAGGCAAUCUUCCGCUUAAGUGUGCCUUGCACAAUUUAGGUCCAGCCUCAUCAAAGUCGUUUGUUCGGGCAUGUUCCUUACUCGAUGACUGGAGGCGCCACAUUAAUGCUAAGAACCCUAGAAUUGAGAAAUGUAGCACCAUUCUAGAUGGUCUUGUAGGAUCACUUGAUCUUCCUAAGGUUAAAAAUUCUGCUAAAGGUAAGGCUUUGAUGCAAGCUAUGUAUGGAGUCAAGGUGGAGACCGCAUUUGUCUGCAGUGUGUUUUCUGCAGCAUUCUCUGGCUCUUCAAAGAAGUUGCUAGACUUGGACGUGCCUGACAUGCAUUCAUGGGCGCCUGCUUUUAUAAGCUUACAGAAUCUUGUAAAUGAGGAAAUUAGAGUUAGGUUAUCUGGUGGGAAAUUUUCUGUAUUGAUCGAGUUGGAAGCUGUUGAUGCUGUUGUGAAGGAGUUAUAUCCGACUAUCCAAGGUGGUGUAAAUACCGAAGACAAAGUUGAGCAAGAAUCGCAUUUGAAGACUGUUGAGGAAUUAGGUGUGGCUGCAGAGAAGCUUUCCCAAGGAAUGGAUCUCCUUGCAAAGGGAGUGGAUGGUUUCUUCCAAGCAGUUUUGACUAGUCGUGACACUUUGCUAUCGUCUCUGAGGUUUGGCAAAACUGUAAAUGAUCGUGUCGUUGGCCGAAACUUAGAUCAGCAAGUAGUUUACUGAUAAUAAACUAGUCUAAUUCUGGUAGAUGUCGAUGUGUUGGGGGGAUUUUCUGUUUGUAUUCAUAGUAUUUGGUUUGUUAUUUUUAAGGGUAGAAUGGGUAGUAGAUUUUAUGGUUAUGGCAUGGUUGAGCGUAAAUGUAUAUGUGUGAGUGGGGUGUUCUCUGUGAUGUUGAACAAUAUAAAAUAUAUAAGAAGUUUUAUUAUGCCUACAAUGUACCUUUU